AUCACAAUUUGCCGAUCCAUUAAACUAAGAAACCAUUCUGCUGACUCGAAACCCACGAGAGGCAGCCGGCAGCCACUUCCAUUUUGUACUUAAUUGCAGCCAUUAGUCAGCCAUGAUCGGAUCCUGGCCCGGUGCUCUGCAUGUGCUGCCCCGGCGCUAAUCUUAAUCCGCAACAAAUCAUCUGAAGCAAUUCAAGCUAGAAUCGAGGAGUGCAACGGGGAGAAUCUUUCCAAGAACCCAGGCAGACAAAACCAACUGAGAGAGCAUCUGUGGAGCAGCUGCGUGUGGAGGAACUUUUCAGAUAUAUAUAGAUAGAUAGAUAGAUUGCUCACCCGCAAAAAAAAAAAAGAUAGAUAGAUUGCUGGGAGCGAGAGACCGAGGAGCGAUGGGGUGCAUCUCCUCCAAGGUACUGAGCAGGUCGGGGAGCCUGCGGGAGAAGGCCAAUCAGGGGCUCCAGAGGAGCAGCCUGGUCGAGGAGAUCAUCCUCUCCAACUCCAAGAGAAACGGCGACCAGUUCCUCGCCCUCCUCCGCACCUCCAGCUCCGCCGCCAGGAGCAGCAAGGUCGACGCCGUCGAGCAGAGCCCGGAGCCCGCCUCGGCGGCGGCCAAGAUCGAGACGAUCAACGUGUCUGACCUUCUCGCCGGGCUGGAGGAGGAGAACACCGCGGAAGGUGCCGAGGAGCGGGACGAUGAUCGGAAAUCAGACGGCGGCAAAACUUCGUCGCUUCGGUAUGCAUACGAUGUCACCGCCGGGAGGGCGGUCAGCUUCCGCACGCUGGAGGAGUUCGACGCGCUGGUUUCGCGGUGCGGCUCGCCGGAGAAAGCGGAGCCUGCACCAGCACCAGCGCCUGAACCAGACGCGUCGGUGGAGGUGGAGCCGCAGGCGCAGAGCAGCUGCACGGAGCAAGACGCGAUGGCCACCGCCAGCAGCGCUCCGGAACUAGGGGAGACGCCCGGCGGCGCGAAGAGGCGGGCCAGGGCGAGGCAGCUCGGUGAGCUGAGCGCGGCGCCGGGCUUCGACUUCAGCAAGUCCGGCAGCCUGAGGGACUGGCUGCUCGGCGGCGGGCAGAUGUUCUCGCCGGGCUCCUACGUCACGCCCAAGUUCGGCAGCGUACCGGCGGCACCGCCCGAGUCGGCAGAACACGGAGAGCGCGCGGUGUUUGAUCCGGAGCUGGUGGCGCAGCUGGAGGAGGCCAUGGAGGAGCUCUCGGUGGACGAGGAGCGCGUGCUGAGGGAGGUCUUGGAGGUAAUCGAAGCGGGAGAAACACAGAGGUUGGAGAGGGAUGCCCCGGAAGUGUUGGCGGUGAUUGUGCAGGAUUAGGCGUCAGCUUGAUGAUGAUUUUGGUAGCUUUUGUUGCCGUUCUAGAGUGCUUGUGAUGUGAUUUGUGAAUCCUUUCUAAGGAGAAAUGUACAGCAAAGAUUUUUUUUAUUUAAUUUUUUCGUGUUGUUUCUC